UUAAUUGGCAAAAGGGCCCUGUAUUUGGUGGUCGAUGAAGUGAUGAAGAUGGAUGUUUGGAUCGAAUUGUCCUAGGGGCGAUGUGACAUUUAAGGGUGAUAAAUAAGACAGCGGCAGCGUUUUUUGUGACAGUUCUGGACAAUGGUUAGAUCUUCAUUCCUCAUUCUUCUUUUCAACUUCCUAUUACAGGCCAAUGGGGUUCCAGUGGCGGGUACAGGAUACACUCACUGUUGUCAGGUAGCUGGUGCAGGAUAUAGCCCCUGUUGUAAAAACUUGCAAUGGUACACGGAAGUUGGCCCUGACGGUGUGCCACGCGAAGUUCAGUUAACGAUGGCGGAAGUCCAGCGACGUCUCCGGGAACAAAAAACCCAGGGAAACAUCCACACAAACUAUCACGGUCAAACGGGUCCGGUAAAAAUAGAAGAGACGCCAGAAGAAAAGGAACAAAGACUAGAGCUGGAAAGACUGGAAAAAGAACGACUUGAACAGGAGAGACGAAUCAAGGAGCUGGAAAAGAAGUUAGCAGAAGAGAAGAAAAGAAGUAAGCCAAAUGUGUUGACAAAAUCUACCCGUAGACGCCCAAACAGAACAGGCAUGAAACGCACCCUCAGCUCAGUACCGAGACGGAUCCUGAGAACAAAUACCCGGGGGUCUAUUUAUGAAUCACAGCGAGAACGUGCUGCUGCACGUGCUAGAAAUGACAGACCUCCAAGCAGAAGCCCUGAGCCGCCAAAGAAAGAAGAGAAAAAAGAAAAACGGAAGAGGCCCAGGGGAUUAAUUCAGCGAUGGAUUGAAUCAAAGCGGAGAUUGAUGGACAAAGUGAAGAGGAGAAGGGUAGCUGGAUAGAUUUAAAGUGAUGUGACAAUGAUUGUAAGCCAUUAAAGUACGAGGUAGAAAACUAUCGUAGACGACUUAAUUAAAAGACAACUCAAAUCACUUCAUAAAAGCCAUGGACAUAUGUAUCGCUGUAUUGCUGUAUAGAGGUUUAUCAUUGAAUUCAAAUUUGUAUUAUACUGAUAGUACUACUUUUAUCGCAAUAUCUAGUGGAGAAAAAUCUGAUAAAUUAAAUCAUGACUGUUUUUUUUCCUGCUACCUUUUGAAAAUAGAAAUCUAGGGUAAGUAUACAUUGACUUUGACAGAAAUUCUGAUUCAUUUGUCUUGUUCGUUGAUGUUUGUUAUUUUUGCAUACUGUAUAAAGGAGAUUAAAAGAAUGAGUUGUACCAA